AUGAAUAGUCACUCGAUCAUGGCGGUGUCGUCGGUGUUCGCCGCCUUCGACAAGGACGGCGACGGCAAGGUCUCCGCGUCCGAACUGCGGCGCUGCAUGGAGGCCACGCUGGGCGAGAGCGUGUCCGAGGAGGAAGCGGCGGCGGUCCUUGCGGCGAUUGAUGCCGACGGCGACGGGCUGCUAAACCAAGAAGAGUUCUCGAGGCUGGCCGCCGGCGCCCAUGAAGAGGAGGACGAUGCCGACGUGAAGAGAAGGUGCCUGAGGGAGGCGUUCGGGAUGUACGCGGAAGACACGACGACAACGGUGAUUACGCCGGCGAGCCUGAGGCGAACACUGAGCAGGCUGGGGUCGCACGAGCUGGGCGUGGAGGAGUGCCGGGCAAUGAUCUGCAGAUUCGACCUUGACGGCGACGGCAAACUCUCGUUCGACGAGUUCCGGGUCAUGAUGAUGGCCUGA